AUUUCUUUUUCCCUUUCUUCCUACUUCCGCACUUUUCUUUAACAUAGAAGUUAUUUAAACAUGUCGGCCCCUAUUGCUCCUGCCAACCUUCACUCUGAAAAGAUUGAAUCCUCCAAUUCUCAAGCUGAGAACUUCAAGAUUAAGGCUGGUUUAGCCCAAAUGUUGAAGGGUGGUGUUAUUAUGGACGUCAUCAAUGCUGAACAAGCCAGAAUUGCCGAAGAAGCUGGUGCCUGUGCUGUCAUGGCUUUGGAACGUGUCCCUGCCGAUAUCCGUAAGAAUGGUGGUGUUGCUCGUAUGUCUGACCCCAAGAUGAUCAAGGAAAUUAUUGAAGCUGUCACUAUCCCUGUCAUGGCCAAGGUCCGUAUUGGUCACUUUGUUGAAGCUCAAAUCAUCGAGUCUAUCGGUGUCGAUUAUAUUGAUGAAUCCGAAGUUUUAACCCCUGCCGAUGAGGCCAACCACAUCAACAAGCACAACUUCAAGGUUCCUUACGUUUGUGGUGCCAAGAACCUCGGUGAAGCCCUUCGUCGUAUCAAUGAAGGUGCUGCUAUGAUCCGUACCAAGGGUGAAGCUGGUACCGGUAACGUUGUUGAAGCUGUUCGUCAUAUGCGUACUGUCUCUGCCGAAAUCCGUCGCGCUUCUGCUAUGACAGACGAAGAGCUUUACGCUUAUGCUAAGGACAUUCAAGCACCUUACCAUUUACUUAAGGAAACCGCUAAGUUAGGUCGUCUUCCUGUUGUCAACUUUGCUGCUGGUGGUGUUGCUACUCCUGCCGAUGCUGCUCUUAUGAUGCAAUUGGGUUGUGAUGGUGUCUUUGUCGGUUCUGGUAUCUUCAAAUCUGGUGAUCCUGCCAAGCGUGCCAAGGCUAUUGUCCAAGCUGUCACUCACUACAACGAUCCUAAGGUUUUGGCUGAGGUUUCUGAAGAUCUCGGUGAAGCCAUGGUUGGUAUCAACUUGGAUGAAUUGCACGAGAAUGAAAAGUUUGCCAAGCGUGGUUGGUAGAAGGGGUCCAAUAUUUACAAUACUAUAGACUGUAAACUCUCUGUUUUUGUUUUCUUUUAUUAUGUACUUUAUAUAUCCAUUAUUCAUUCUUGCGUCUCCUGUUUGCAAAUUUCAAGAAAAACUAUUUUCUAAACGAUCUGUAUAAAAUUAUAUUAUUGCAACCAUUGCGAAUAUGCAUCAUACAUAGUUUACGCAGCCGAUUCAAAUAAAGGUACCAUACCUUAUUACUUCGGCUUUUUAUUUCUUUUGCAAUUUAAAAUCGUUGCAGCGGUUUUCUGAAAUUACGAUUUAUCAUACCUUAUGUAAGCGCUCAGAAAGUGUAAAUAAACGUUAUCGCCAUUAAGCCAUGCAAAUAACUGUUGUUCAAUAUAAUCCAUCUUUGACGCGAAAUGGCAAUGUUUAUGAUGUCAAGCUCUGUUUUAC